AAUGGAUUAGCUGCAAACAUGUUAUGGCUCUGCAUUGAUAAGACCUUCGCUGUGUGGAAUAAGAGGUGUGGAAGAGAGAACUUUGACUUAAAGAACACCGUCGCUGCCACCAUCAUCAUUUAAAAACGAAGCAAAGUGUAUGUGGGGCAAAGGAGCAGCAGCAUUCGAUUGGGGUCAGCUUGGUGCAAGUUGUCCUUAAGUGGCUUAAAGAUUUCCCAAAGAUGAUUGAAUCCUCAACAACUUAGUGCUGUUAGUGCAAAUUAUCAUCAGGUUUUUAUUUAUUUAUACUCAGAACAGGUAAUGCAUUAAUAUAAUGCCGUACCUAAAGAAGAUUCCAUCAACAUAUAUUGUGUGAAUCUUAGCAUGGAGAAGAAAAGAAAAGAAUGAUUAGGUUAAAGCUUUUUUUAGUUUAUCAAUCAAUUGAUAUGAAAUAUGAGCUGUUAGUGCAAAUUAUCACGUUUUUAUGGCUAUCACUAAUAAAAUCACAUGAAACUUUGAGAUCAAGCAAAAGUAAAGUACACUGGCAAACAGAAACAGAUGUUCCAUAUUAUGGAUCAAACAGGGGUGACAUCUCAUCCUUGAAUGGUUGAAUAGAAAGUUUCUAGCAAAUGCACUUUGUCUACAAUAUUAUAAUAAUUAUACAGAAGUCCUGAUUUGCCACUCAUUUGGUGCAACAAAUAUGCACAUGCAUGGUUCCAUAUAUGAACGACAAGAUCAUUUAUGUUGCAAGUGCUAAUAUUUCCUAUCAACUAUUAUGUCACAAAAUAAAUGCAUGUAUGCAAUCUUUUCAGCAGCAGUGACAUGUAGAAUUUUACGACCAGAAGAUAAAGGUUUCUUUUGGAGGCAGAGUAAAAUUAACACAAUGCAGGUUUAAAGUGCAUAAGAGUAAAUGCGAGCAGUAAGAUAUUAAGAUCCUCAGAUAACACAACCAAGAGGAUGAAAAUGGAAAUUAAAAAGACCGACAAGAUGGCAGAAGCUGAUCCCAAAAAAAAGCCGUCGAUUUUUGAGGUAAUUGAAGAACUCAAGAUUAGUACUGACAUUGGUGUCCCUAUAUUUCUUAUGGGCAUAUCAAGUUACCUCAAAAACAUGAUUUCUGUAGCAUGCAUGGGAAGGCUGGGGAGCUUGGACCUAGCAGGAGGUGCACUAGCCAUAGGUUUCACCAACAUUACUGGUUACUCUGUUCUUUACGGUCUUGCAAUGGGAAUGGAACCACUCUGCAGCCAAGCAUUUGGAUCCCAAAACUUCAGCAUGGUGUCUCUCACUCUUCACAGAACAGUCAUUAUGUUACUUUUUGCAUCAAUACCCAUUGGAAUGCUUUGGAUUUACCUAGAGCCACUCUUACUAUGGCUACACCAAGAACCCCAAGUAGUACAUAUUGCAAGCCUUUACUGCCGAUGUGCUGUCCCUGAUCUUAUUGCCAGUAGCCUACUUCAUCCACUGCGUAUCUACAUACGUAGCAAAGGAACAACAUGGCCCCUGCUCUGGUGCACUCUGCUGGCAAUUCUGUUUCAUUUUCCAAUCACCAUCUUCUUUACUUUCUAUCAACAUCUUGGUAUCCAGGGAAUUGCAAUCUCCACAUUUAUUGCAAACCUUAACACGGUGUUCCUCCUCAUGGGAUAUCUAAAAUAUUCUCUUAAGGAAAAGAUUCACUUGUCUAAACUCUUUCUACCACCUUCAAGUAAGCUUGGUUUGACCACCUCGUUGUGGGAAGAGUGGCGAAUGCUAUUUCGACUAGCAAUCCCUAGUUGCCUGGGUAUCUGUUUAGAAUGGUGGUGGUAUGAGAUCAUGACACUUCUGGCUGGAUAUCUCGACAAACCCCACAUUGCACUUGCAACAUCAGCCAUAGUAAUACAGACAACAUCUCUCAUGUACACAUUGCCUUCAGCACUAAGUGCAUCGAUUUCUACAAGAGUGGGCAAUGAGCUUGGUGCAGGUAGGCCUCAGAAAGCACAAUUGGCAGCUGCAGUGGCCAUAGCACUGGCCUUCUCAACAUCAUUGUUUGGAUUACUGCUGACUACUGUAGGAAGACAAGCAUGGAGUAGAGUUUUCUCGGAUGACAGUGAAAUUCUUGAGCUGACAAUGGCUGUGCUACCCAUUAUUGGAAUCUGUGAACUGGCUAAUUGUCCACAAACCACCUGUUGUGGUGUCCUGCGCGGAAGCGCCAGGCCUGGCAUUGGUGCAGGAAUAAACUUUUGCUCGUUUUACUUGAUAGGAACACCUGUGGCAAUCUCUUUAGCCUUCUUCUGGGAGCUCAAAUUCCCAGGCCUUUGUUAUGGGCUUUUAGCCGCUCAGCUGGCAUGCAUAGUAUCCAUUUUAACAGUUGUUUACAGAACAUGUUGGGAAAGAGAAUAUAUAAAAGCAAGAAACUUGGUCGGCGACAGCAGUGAACAUAUACAUGCAGAUCUAUUGGUGAAGGGUGAGGAAGAAGUAAUAAUCAUUGAUUGAAAGAGAACACUCCAAAGAAAGAACUGCAGUAAGAGUAGAAGAGGAUAAGAGCAACAAGGAGAUAAGUAUGUUAUUAUGCAGCAAGAGUGGAAGAGGAUUAGAGCAACAAGGGGAUGAAAACGUUGUUCUCUCUCCAAUUAGAAGGUUACAAUGACCCGGAUACUUAUUGUAGAACUGUGAGUAAAUAGUGACGCUACUAUUUUGUAUGUAAACUGAACUAGUAUGAAUUCGUUAUAUUGUCCUUUGAUUAGGUGUAUGGCAAAUAUAACUGUAGAUAACAAUAUUCUAUGAUGCACACAUGUACUUUAUUCUAUCCUCCGUCUGGAAUAUAUGCUCAUUAAUGUGUGUACGCAGAUAUAAAACUGAAUAAACAUUUUAGAUAAC